AUGGGUGAGUUUCAACAAGAGCUUCUAUCUCUCCCUACACCAUCCUCGGAGCUCAUGUAUGAGCUCGAGGGGUGGUCUGCAGAAGGUUUUGGUAAAGGCGCAGGAACUAUGGUUAGAGAUGAGGACAAGGCCUUCAGAUGGAGGCUGGUGACCCGAACUGUAUAUCCCGAAAGACUGCCUGCAAACGAUGACGAGUUUCCGAAUAUUGACGUGUUUAUAUGUACGGCUGACCCGAGCAAGGAGCCUUCUUUAGGGGUCAUGAAUACCGUCAUAUCGGCCAUGGCCCUCGACUACCCGCCCGGAAAGCUUUCGGUUUACGUAUCGGACGAUGGCGGCUCGUCCGUGACUUUGGAAGCCAUGAGAGAGGCUUGGAGGUUUUGUAAGUGGUGGCUGCCUUUCUGUACGAAGUAUGAGGUGAAAAAUCGGUGCCCGGAGGCUUAUUUUUCGGGAGCCGAAAGUGACGGAGUUGGGUUUGUGGAUGAGAAGAUGGAGAUCAAGAAAAAGUAUGAUGAAUUCAAGGAGAUUCUGGAGAAGAACUCUGCAAAUGCAAGCAGCUCAGUUAGCAGAGACCAUGUGCCGGUCAUCGAGGUGAUGAAUGAUGUGGAUGGUGAGCAAGAGAUGCCGCUUCUUGUAUACGUUGCUCGCGAAAAAAGGCCUUCACAACCACACAACUUCAAAGCUGGAGCUGUUAACACCCUUAUUAGGGUGUCUGCUCUUAUCAGCAAUGGUGGUUAUAUUCUUCUACUGGACUGUGACCAUUAUUGCAACGACCCAACUUCAGCCCGCCAAGCAAUGUGCUUCUUUCUCGACCCUAAAGUCUCCCCAAAACUAGCUUGGGUUCAAUUCCCACAGAAAUUCCAUAAUAUUAGUGAUCAUGAUAUUUAUGAUUGUCGCCUACUCUACUAUUUGAGAAGAUGGCUCGGCAUUGAUGGAAUCGAAGGGCCAUUCAUAUCUGGUUGCAACAUGUACUUGAAAAGGGAAGCAGUGUAUGGAACUAAAAACAUGAAAGACGAUUUCAACGUCAAUGAUAUGAAAAUAUCAUUUGGCCCGAGCAACGAGCUAAUAAAGUCGAUUUCUGCUUACAAAAACUACAAGCCAGCGCCGUCCAAGGACAGGAAAAAAAUUAGUGGUGCUCUGGAAAAAGAAGUUCAACUUGUAGCCUCGUGCACCUAUGACAGCCAUUCAGAAUGGGGCAAAGAGGUGGGAUUCAUAUAUAAUUCGGUGGUGGAAGAUGUCAUCACAAGUGAAUAUUUACACUGCCAAGGGUGGUUUUCUGUGUUUGUUGAUCCGGGCAGGCCCUGUUUCUUGGGCUCGUGCCCCACCAGCCUGAACGACGUGUUGGUCCAAAAGGGAAGGUGGGCCCUUGGCCAAAUGCAGAUUUCUCUCUCUAAAUAUUGUGCUCUUACGUACGGGAGAGGGAAGAUGUCGGCCCUGCAGUGCAUGUGUUAUGCAGCCGCCACGUUCGACCCCAUCUAUGUUUUUCCCUUUUAUACUCUCUCCAUCCUACCUCAAAUAUGUCUACUCCAUGGCAUAUCUCUUUAUCCCAAGGUUUCAGAUCCAUAUUUCGUUGUGUUUGUGUUGGUAUUUUUGGGCUCACAGCUCAAACAUAUUGAAGAGGUUAUGUUUUAUGGCGACUCAAUAUGGAGAGCUCUUUAUGAAUUGCGGAUGUGGAUGAUGAAGUCGUCAACGUGUUACUUGUACGCAGUCGUGGGUGCAGUCUUUGAUAACUUGGGCUUGCAUAAUGCACAUUUUACGCUAACAAACAAGGUUGUUGACCAUGAAUCAGAAACGCGCUUCAAGAAAGGCAUCUAUGAUUUUCAAGGAUCGCCUAUGGUUAUUGCUCCCAUUUGUAGCUUGUACAUCCUUAAUUUGGUUUCACUCGCUUUUGGGGCAGUGAGGAUCGCCCGAGGUCAAGAGGCGAGUGAAGUUUUUGCGCAAGCUUUGAUCUCGUUGUUUGGGGUGAUUGUGAAUUAUCACGUGUUCGAAGGGAUGUUGUUGAGGAAAGAUAAUGGUCGGGUUUCGCCGUCGCUAUCUCUCCUUUGUGUUGUAAUUGCCAUGUUCAUGUUGUGCUUUGGAUCUCUAAUCCUCGUGUUCUAA